AGUAAACAGACCUCUAGGAUGACGAGAGGCGCUAAAUUUUAGCUUUAAAUAUUAGCUUAUACAGACUAUAAAGUGUGGUAUAAAAGCCCACGGUGGGAAAUUUCUAGACACAGACGGUUAUUCUAAACAGUAACGUCAUACCGAACAUUUUAGCUUUGUAACAUUUCAAUGGCAGCUAAGAGGCUGCCGAAUUCAUUGGCGUCUGUGCUACGUUAAGCUAGCAUGCUAAGCUAAGUGCCAGCCGAGGCUAGUGCGGGCUGCUCCGGACAUGGCAGCGGGAGCAGGAGCCGCUUCUGGCGGCUCUCUGGAGUCGACUCUAGAGAGGAAGUUUCAGGGUGUUACCAACACGAUGGAUUCAAUUCAAGGACUGUCAACAUGGUGCAUCGACAACAAGAAGUACCACAGCCUGAUAGUGCGACACUGGAUGAAGAGUUUGAAGAAAUCUGAUGCAGCACACAGACUCAACCUUUUCUACGUUGCCAACGAUGUCAUUCAGACCUGUAAAAGGAAAAAUGCCAUAGUUUACCGUACAGCAUUUGCCGAGAUCCUCCCUGAGGCCUUCUUGCUGAUCAACAAUGAAGGUGACACCAAGGUAAUUAAAGCGGUGGAGAGGAUACUGACCAUAUGGGAGGACAGGGGUGUGUAUUCAGGGACACUCAUUACUGAGCUGAGGAGUAGCUUAGUCAAAGAGGAGUCCCCUCCUGAGACACCCGUGGAGCAAAAAACUCCAGUUGAGUCUAGAGCAGAUCUACAGUCCAAAAUUGUUGCUGAGUUUGUGCCCCAGGCAUUUAUCGACGAUCUGUCCAAGUACAAGAAAUCUCUGGAGGAGGUGGACCUGAGAGAAAAACAGCUGGCAGCUAUGAGGAUUGACAUCUGCAGUUCUGAUGCCCUCAAGAGACUCAAAGAUAAGGCCGGAGGAAAGAAAUUCUCCAAGGACUUUGAGGAAGGAAGUGCGCAACUACAGGAGUUUGUCAAGUUCUAUGAAAAACAAAUCAAAACAGGGCCUCCUCUAAUGCAGGCCCUCAGCAAUGCAGAUAUCUUCUACGAGAUGCAGUACAAGGAGGUCAAGAUUGUUGCUAAUGCCUACCAGACGUUCGCCAACAGGGUAACCCACCUGAAGCGUAAACUGGACAGCCUGAAGGCCACCUUGCCCGACCUAGAUGAGUCCCCUAUCCCCUCACCCUCGGCAGACGCACCAUCUCCCACAGGAUCAGAGUCCCCUUUCCAUGGUCUGGAAUUAUCCAAUCCUGAUCCAGAUCUUGAUGGCUCUGCUAUGGAUGACGAGGCAGAGCCACCGGCCCCGAGCCCUCUGUCCUCACCGGGAGGAUCCCCCAAACACGUGGAGUCUGUCGGGCAGAAUGAUAAUCGUGACGUGGAAGACAUGGAGCUCUCUGAGGAAGAAAUGGACAGUGGUGGCAUUAUAGUUGAGGAGCAGGUUGAAUGCCUCACCGAGCCAAGGCUGUCCUCUUCAAAAACGGAGUCAGUAGUGGCAACAGAGCAGCCCAUCAUGGCUCCUGCAGCAGCAGCAGCAGCACCUACAACAACAGCAGCAGCAGCAGCAGCAGCAGCAGCAGCAGCAGCAGUGGAAGGCGUUGACCUGAGUAAAAUUGGCUCCAUCCUCAACAGUGUAAACUCAGUCAUGAAGAACACAGCACCACCAGUGGAGAGUCCCUCUGCAGCUGCUCCUGCUGGCUCCUCAUUGAAGACUACACUUGCCUCUGUGGCCUCUCAGGGUGCCAGUUCACUGGUAAGCCUCCUCUCCAAGGUGGAUGUGAGUCCUGCAGACCUCCUUGGUGCUCUCUCCAAAGUCCAGGGCCAAGGCAGCCUUGAGGGCAUCACUUCUCUUCGGGGCAGCCCAGCUGCAAAUGUUUCCUCAGACUCUUCCAGUACAGGCAAGAUUCUUCCCUCUUCCUCAUCCACAUCUGCAUCAGCAGUACCCUCUCAGAGCCCGUCUCUCCCCUCUGUUGCACAUGUGCCUUCUUCACACAGAUCCACUGCAAGGCAGAGCACAAGCUCCCAAGCCCCCCCUCAGACUUCCAACCCAGCCUCUGCCCUGGUUCAGGCUCUCCAUAGAAAUAUGGAUUUGACAACAGAGUCAGAACCAACCUUGUCCUCUAAGAGUUUAGAGUCUAAAAUCCACAGCUUCCUGCAGGGGAACCCUGCUUUUAAUGCACUUGGCCUGGGUCUUUCUACAAACCCAGUGCCGGGAGGGGAUAACUUCAGCCCAGUAACAGGGACAGACACCCAGGGUGGGACCCCAGUGCGGGACGAGGGCGGAGGCACCCCAACGCAAGAUGAGAUUAUGGACAAGCGUGUCGUGAUCCCAUAUACAUCCAACAUAAAUGAGCCACAGAUUAAAGAAACUGUAGAAACGGCUGCUAUUGCAUACCUGAACAGCAGUCAGCAGAACCGCAACAAUCCUCCACAGCAAGCUCACCUGCAGCCAGGUGUGCCUCAGAAUGGGCAGGUCUACCAGCCGUACCCAUAUGGCAAACAUGAGAUGUCAGAGCAUGAGAUUACUGCACCUGUUGCACACUAUCAGCAGAUAUCUGCACAAACAGGAGGGCCAGUGCCUGGAGAAAGAGCCCCAGGCAGCACCAGUAGCACACAGACACUGGAGGGCUUUCAGGGGGUGAGUGAAAGGGGUUGGUACGGUGACACUUACCCGGAGGGCAGCUCUCAGCAACCUAGAGGCUACAAUGUGACAGCGCCUGGAGGGGCUGGAGAAAACAAGACGUCAGGACUUUUUCCAUACCAAACAGAGACAUUUCAGGAACCUCAAGAGUUGGCCUCCCAGCAGGGUGCCACCACAGCCCCUGGUAUGUUCAGAAGUAACCUUCCUCCUAUCCCAAAGCUCCCUCCCCCUCCUCGUGUCUUUGAUGCCCCUCCUCCCGUGAACAGUGGAAUGAUGAUGCCGCCAGAGCAGCAGUCAGUACGGCAGCCAGUGCCUAGUGCAGGAGCAGGGGAGAUGAUGGGGGCCAGAGGCGACAGUGUCAUCAGUGGGAUGGUGGUCCACGACCAUCAACACAAAUCCAUGUUUCAUUCUGAUGAGCCGCCAUAUGAUCGUGACCAACCUCACCCUCCUCAGCAAGAGGUUUUUCACCCUCACCCAGAAGAUCUGCAUUAUCAGGAUGAGCCUCGUCGUCAUGAUGCCCAUUUCUUUCAAGACGACCCUUACCACCACCCAGACGAUCCAUAUCACAGGCCAGGGAGCCCUCCGCACCACUUCCCCAGAGUUCGGGGGCACCUCACUCCCCCUGUCUCACCCUCAGAAGACGCUUACUACGGCCACGACUUCCAGCGGCACAGCCCCCCUCCUCUGCACUACGCUCCAAGGAGACCACCACCACCAUCUAAUUUUGAAAUCCGUCAUCCUGGUGUACGGCCUCCACAUCGGCCUCCACAUCGGCCUCCCCAUCGGCCUCCCCACCCAGCACACCACCCACGCCUCAGAGGACCGCCCCCACGUGCUCCAUUUCCUCAUUUCCGCGGCCCCGAUCCAAGGUUAAGAGGCAAACGUCCAGGUCCAAGAGGAGGCGGGAGUCCUGGUCCAAUGUUCCCACCAAAAAGACCCUUUCCACCCCCAAGGUACUAACUGAACACGUAGCAUAUCACUGUGGAUGUCAUGAAGGCAGAGGCAGGGCCUUUAAGACUGUUCAGCUAGUCACUCAGUGUCAAGGUCCACACCAUGCCAGCAGAAACCUGUGAAAAUCUGGGUGGGUGAAAGUGCAGAUACUGAGGAGGGCACCAGGAGACGAGGGUAAAGAUGAACUAAUUCAGCAGAAAAUGUGAAUGGCGAAGAAUAAAGGAUGUGGAGGAGAACAAGAGACAACACCAGGAGCUCUGAGAGGGCUGCUGAGCUGAAGAGUGAAGACAGAAGAUUAAAGAAAAUAAGAGGUGGAUAUAUAUAAUUCACUUUUUUGUGUUAUUUGCUCAAGUAUGAAGCAUUGCAUUAAAUAUGUAAUUGGGCAGUCAGUUUGAUAAAGGUCAGAGUGUGUGCAUGGUAUGCGUGUGCAUGCGCUCAAGUGUAAGUAACAGAAGUUUGAGUCCGACAAGUUAUUUUUGCUGAGAGAGUAAGAAAAGAAUGUAGUUGGUGCAAUGUUUCUGCUGUUAUUUAGUUUGUCAGCGAGCAGUUUUUACUGCUUCUCUUCACAGCAGCAGUUUCCCAGUAGCUUUUGGUAAAACAUCCAUUUAAAUUAAAUCGCUUUGGUUAUGAAAAACAGAGUGUAUGUUAUAGAGUUUAUGUUCCUUCUACAGUACUCGUUAGCAUAUUUAGGGAAAUUAUUUUGUCACUGUUCCAACUCCGAAUGUUCUAUAUUUGUGAGGCGAUGCUUUCUCCGCCAGUACCUAAGAUCCCUCCGGCAACAGUUUUACGUCUCGUUAAGUUCCAUGAAGGAGAGCGGCACAUGUCUAUUCACGGGGAGAGAGAGAGGUGUGAAAGUUAUUUCUUUUCCUGCCUCUCAACACCGACGCAGAAGAAGUGCAUUUUUGGAGGGGAUGAAGAUACUCGGCUUCAGUUUCGUUUUACUUGUAUUGACUAAUAAAAUCUGAGUUUGAAAAAUUG